GCGAUAUAAACAGAUGUUCAACUAUUCGGACAAUCAAUUGAGCCUACGUUGCCUACAUUUCGGCGCCCGGAGAUACAUUAAACAAAUUAAUUUUUAUUUAAAAGCUGUUAAAUCAUUAGUUCUUUAUGAAAUGGGUACUUUAUUUGAAAUAAUAACCGAAUAUUUAUUCUUUAUUUUUAAUUUUUUCGAAUAUACAAGCUUUUUUGUAUUUUUUAGAUUGGGCGCACUUGUGAAGUAGAUAAAAAAAAUUGUAUCAUGCUGUUCUGCCUGGAAACUGGAAAUUAUGGAUACAUUUUGACAAAGAAGUAUGAAGGAAUGUGAUGUGUAAUCACUUUUUUUCUCCUAAGCUGCCCAGUUUUUCCUAGACUCAGGUUAAAAUAUCUCAGUAGACACACCUACGGCGAGCAUUAUGAAGACGCUGCGGUUGAUAUUAGCGGGCUUAACAUAUUUGUGGUGAGCUUAAAACUCUUUGUCGAACUAAGAGCAUCUGGUAAUCCAUAUCUAAGAGUAUUGGGUAUAAUAAAGGAACUGAGGGAACUGAGCUACCUUUGUUGUGAAAAUUAACUCUACGAUGUAACCUAAUCUGCCUGCAGGUAGGCCGAUCUUCAUGUGACAUCAAUUAAAAUUCCGGUUUUUAAUUGGCAGAUAUUUCUAUUCCGGGGGCUGAAAAUCAUCGCCCACAGCGAAAACGCGUGAAAAAAAUUAUCAGGACGAUUUUGUUAUUUAUGUUUCGACGACGAAAAUUUAGCUCUACGCGAGGUCUAUUGGCUUUUUGGCCCAAAUUUCCAAAAAUGUGCUUAAAACAAACAAUCGAUGAAAAUUAGUUGAGUUCAUCCACCGUUGGUGAUAUGACACUUAAGAACUUCUAAAGAACUUUUGUUUUCAAUAACGUAGGAACCCAAAAGUUAAUCAACAUCUUCACAAAGUCCAUAUCAUAGGCAAAAAGGUGUCAAAACAGUGUAAUUUAAAAAAAAAAAGAAGCUGUUAGGCACUAAAAUCUCGUACUCUGUACUCGUUAGAAAACUGCUCGAUAAGUGCACUCCCUGGUUUCUAUUCGCCAAAAUUUGCCGAGUGGCGAAUCGAACAAAUAACUGACUUAGAAGAGCUAAUGCAUUCUAUGUGAUAUUCUAGGUACUCUUUUGCGGUUUUAAUAUACCAUCUGAACAAAUUCGACUCGGACAGGUCAAACUGAAUCGAUAUGGUAUUUUCGGUAUUUUGGUACAACUUUUUUAUGUUGGUCUGAAAUUUGAUUUCCAUAAGACAAUUAAAAGGUUUUUCGGGCGAUUUUGUGGAUAUGAAAAAGUUUAACAACGAGUUUGCUAAAGAUUUUGUGUUUCUUAUGGAAUCUCAGCAAGGGAAUCGUUGAAAAUGCUGAAGGUGAGUCUAGUUUAUCUUGAACACUAAAUUUAAGUGCCAGUGAAAGAUGAGAAGUCAUUAAUAAUUACAUAACAGAGAAUCUCAGCAUUUCUUACGGAUCAACUCUACACUUUUUGUCUAAUAUUUUGAGUGUGAAGGGUGUCAAAGCUACACUCUUGCCAAAAUCUGAAUCUUUGGCAAAAACGACGUUGAGUAGUCAUCGCAAAAGUGAUGUUUGACAACGUAGCUAAGAACUCACACUCAACAUACUUUGACGAAGCGUGGAUUUAUGAAUAUGAAGUCGAAAAUGUUCAACAAUUUUGUGAAUGGCGCUGAAAAAAUAAGCCGAAACCGCAAAAAAAAAAAACAAAAUUCACUGAAGACCAUCCCAGCCGUGCCUUAUAAUAAAUGUAUAGCAAAUUAGCAUGCUUGUAUUGGCUCAAAAGGAGCCUAUUUUGAAGGCGAUAAUGAAGAAUUGCAUCGAAAUACCGAAUAUGGUGUUUUUUGUCAGUCUAGAUAAAAUCGAUUAGACAGUAAAGGACAGUCAAGGUAAUGUCGAAAAUAAUACCUUUUAUAUUCACUCAGAUUAUUAUUAACUUCAAUAUUUUCUAAUAUUAAAUAUCCAUGCACGGAAACUCUAUUUAUUCGAGAAAUGAAAAAAAAAAAACAAACACAACAAGGCUUGGAGAAUACAGUUAAAAACAUACACACAAUAUUUCAAAACAAAAAUAAUUCGGAUAUUUAAAAACAAACAAAAGAAACAAUAUAUUUUACUAAAAAAAAUAGCAGCUGAUUGCUUCAUUUUGCAUUUGGAGAUAUCAGCGAAAAUUUCGAAGCCUAGGCCUGCAAUGCACACAUACAACGACGGUUUAAAUUACGUGCCACUACUGGCGGCACAAAGCGCCGCACCACACAUGAGCAACGGCAGCGGAGUUUGCUUCAACACAGCACGACGUGCCGCACGAGGGAUGUCACCGACGACUUUGGGCAGCGUCAUCUGUUACAACGGCAACUAUGAGGGCGAUCUCAGCAUGUUCGGCAGCAAGCCAACACUGCAGGCGCUGACACAGCAACGCCGCCUGGAGCUGGUGGAAACCGAUUCGGACACCGAGUACCGACGCGAAUUGGAAGCUUAUCAACCGCCACAGCGUAGUAAUGCGCACCAAAGUAGUGGCAUUGAGCGACAACUGCGACGGCUGCUCAUCUACUAUGGCGAUCGUUUAUUGAGCCCCAAGCGACGCCAACAAGCCACAGCAUUCACGAGCAGCAUCUAUAAGAGUUCAUAUUAUCAGCGCACAAGCGAAUUGCUGUACCGAGCCUGCGCCUGGACGCUGUGGCUGUUGCGACUGAUGCUCUUCACUCUGCUCCGUUGCACCAACAGCAGCUUUGGUUGUUGGCGUAGUUGUAUUUUGAUGCGGAAUACAGCACGCCGCGUGCUCUGGUGGAUGACAUUGGCGAAGUGUGGCGAUGUGAAACUCUUCGUGAUGAUAUUGCUCGGCACACCGCUCGUAUUCGUCAUCGGCGUGGUGGGCCUGCUGCUCUCCGUCUAUUGUGCGCUGCGUGAAUGUUUUAGUAAUGCAAAUUUUCUACGCCGAUUUCAUGUCACCUGAAUAACACACACACACACAUACCGCCCCACCAUAUAGCGAGAUAUAUUUUUGAGGAUUUUCAAGGCGUUGCUAAACUUGCCAGAAAGGAUAUUAAUUAUUGAUGAGCGAAAUUCCAUGUGCCUCUUUCAUAAAGCGCACUCUACAACAAAAAGAUAUAUUUCUAUAUAUAUUUAAUAUAAUCUUUUCACUAUUAUUAAAUUUAUUUUGCAUAAAUUUAGUGCAGCAAAUAAAUUUUACACAAUUUGCCUCGGAU